AUGACCUUUUUCAGUGGUCACCAGAACUUCCUCUCGCAUCUUGGCGCGGCCGCGGGUGGCUUUGCUGCUGGUCGAGGUGGUCCUUACGAUGAAUACCUGAGGGCAUAUAGCGUCGCGAUGCUGCCUGGCAAGGAACGCGACAACGUCUCUUAUGGCGGCAAGAUCAUCAUGCCCCCCUCUGCACUAGCCAAUCUUACCGCGUCGGACAUGCCAUCGCCUUGGAUUUUCAAGCUGCGCAAUCCAGCCAACUCAGCAGCGUCGACCUAUGCGGGUGUGCUCGAAUUUAUUGCCGAUGAAGGAUCCGUGCAUCUCCCGUACUGGAUGAUGAAGUCCCUCAGGCUAAAUGAGGGUGACCCAAUCAGGAUUUCGGGGGCUGAACUCGAGAAGGGCAAGUUCGUCAAGUUCCAGGCGCAGAGCGUUCACUUCAUCCAUCUCUCCGACCCCAAGGCAGUCUUAGAACAAGCCAUGCGAAACUUCUCGACUCUGACUCAAGGGGACAUAAUAGAAAUCAAAUACAACAGCAUCGUGUUUGGCCUGCUCGUUAUGGAGACCAAGCCAGGCGGGGAGGGAAUCAAUAUCCACGACACCGAUCUCGAGGUCGAUUUUGCUACUCCCGUGGGUUAUGUCGAGCCAGAGCGGCCAAAAGCUGCUCCGCCGCCAACGAUGGCCUCCAAACUCAAGAUUGACCUCGAUUCCUCUUCUCCCGGAUCAUCUCGGCCAGCUUCGUCGCUUGGAGGCGGGUUCGCAGGGCCUUCCACGAACGCCGGUGUCAGCAAAGAUGGCGACAAGUGGGAGAGCUUCAAAGGGAAGGGAGAAACACUUGCGGGAAGGAAGACCAAAGGCAAGGGCAUUUCUGUGCGUCAGGCCGAGGCUGUCGUGGAAUCGAGCAGGAUUUAUCGCACCGACCAACAUCGAAUCGUAAACAAUGAAACUCUCGAAAGCGAUGUCAAAGUGCCUGCGGCGCUGAAUUUACCAUUCGGCCAACUUUUCUUUGGCUUCAAUGUUGCGACCUAUGUCCCUCCUCCUGAGCCUGCACAACCUUCUUCUCCUUCUCCAGAGAAUGCUUCCUUCGGAGGCAGUGGAAAUACCCUGAACGGUCGCCAAUCAACCACGGCCAAAGGCAAGGAGAAAGAGAAAGCGCAAAGCACAUCUCAGACACCCACUUGGGCGUCCACCGUGGGCCAAGGCAACACUCUUGGGGCCUCUGUUCCCCGCGAUCUCGGGCCUGUCGGAGCAGGCGGCGCGAGAGUCCCGCGGGUUCCACAAAGAGGACCACCCAAAGUUCAGCAGAGGGAGAGAAGCCCAACGCCAGAUUUUGGUGUGGACGAUGAUGACGAUGCUAUUAUGAUCGACAGCGACUAA